AUGGCAUCAGUCAGAGAGGUGACUUGUUAUCGUUGUGGGGGUAAAGGCCAUAGGGCUAAUGUAUGCGCUUCUUCACCUCAGACUGGAAGGUUGAGGCUAGGAGGACAGGGUCAGAAGUCAGCUCAAAAAGCUCCUUUGCCUAGGGGCCAUGGAGGACCGCCAUCGUUACCUCAGGGCCAACAUCCAGUUGCUAUAGAUCGACCCCAUGUGCAGGGGAGAGUGUUUGCAUUGACAGCAGUAGAGGCUGAGCAUGGAGAUGACACUAUUCAAGGUAUACUUUCUCUUUAUGGUGUUGAUGUACGUGUAUUGUUUGAUACAGGUUCCACUCACUCCUUCAUUUCACCUCUGGUGGUAUAUCAUAUUCCCACCCCUCGAAUUCCAUUGUCAUAUUAUCUGGUGGUAUCCAUGCUAGGGGGUAAGGUGUUGAUAGGAGGAGAGAUUUAUAAGGAUUGUGAGAUUAUGGUGGAUGAGCAGAUAGUACUGGGUGAUUUGGUGGCCCUAGACAUUGAAGAUUUUGAUGUGAUUUUGGGUAUGGAUUGGUUAACACGCCACUAUGCUAAAGUGGAUUGUCGUCGAAAAGUAAUUCAAUUUGAGCCUCCCUAA